GCGCGCGUGCUGUUUACCUGUUGCUAUUGUAGAGUGCACGUUAGUUGCUCGGUUUUUGGGCAGUUUACUUCGUGAUUUCGUUUUUGCCUUCGAGAAAACCUUUUAGUGGAUAUCUUUAUCACAGACGACUGAAGUAACAACAGGCCAAAGGUCGAGUUGGAUUUACUGUGGGCUUUACUGUGGUGUAAAGUCGUACUUGUGUCGUACUUGUCCAGAGAGACUGUGCAAUAGCUGACUUAAAAAGGGGCGUGAGUAUGCAAGAAGAGUUUCAUAAAGAAGUGUAAGAGUUUAGUUUACUCCGUGAUUUCGUUUUUGCUAAAACGUUUUAGUGCAUAUCUUUAUCACAACCAUGGAAAGGAAACGACUUACACUGGCUGAAGUUGAUGAGAACUUGUUUAGAUUUAGUGAUGAGGAGAGUGAGAGUGAUGACGCUUCCAUGGCUGCAAGCAUGGACUCAGAGGAAGAAGUCGCGUUUGUCCAUGGAAUCGACGCCGUGCUCGAUAUGCCUGAAGUAGAUCCACCUUACCCUCCCCCACAUGGAAUGUUUCACACCUCUUCUGACCCACUCCCAGGGCAACAAUCAACUUCUACCCUCUCUAGUGACAAAGGCAGCAGAAGCACAAGCCCACCCCAUGCAAAGACAGUAGUGCCCAUACCAUCAGCUCCGAUACCCAGCAACACCUCCCACACCGUAGCUGGGCAACAACCUCUUGCUAGAGCAAGGAAGAGAAGAUCAGCUCCCGGGGGAAAGAGCACAGCGUCACCACCACCUACGGCACAGGAGGACAGAUGGCACGACACCUCAGAGGAAGAUGAGCAGCCUCCCCCAUUGACGUUUUGUCCCAGGAGGAACCCAGGAGUUCAGUUGGAUUUUCAGACGGUCUACAGCCCUUCUGACAUCUUCCAGCUGUUCUUCAGUCAAGAGGUGAUCCAAACCCUAUGCAACAAUACCAACGGAUUUGCAGCUCAGAGAAAAGGGAAUGACACGAAGAGGCCGUGGACGGAUGUAAAUGCGGAUGAAAUGCUUCAUUAUCUCAGCAUAAUCAUCUAUCUUGGACUGAUGAAGCCUUCAGCUAUUGGGGACCUGUGGAGGAAGGAUCACUUGCAUAGCUACCCGUUUCCUCCUUCUGUGAUGGCUGGGAAGCGGUAUAAAGCCAUCAGUGCAUACCUGCACAUGAGUGACCCAGCAGCAGAUGCCGUAAAUGAUCAGCUCCAAGGUCAGCCUGGGUAUGAUGGUCUCUUCCGCAUCAAGCCACUCCAGGAACAGAUCCUGACUGCCUGCCAGGCCUACUACCAUCCGCACCAGAACAUUGCAGUAGAUGAAAGAAUCGUGGCCACCGAGGUGAGGCACAGGGUGACGGACAAGCCCCCCAGGCGGGGGGGGAAUGCACGGAAACGGUCUGGAAAAGGCCUAAGCUUCGAUGCUGUGGUUGAUCUGAUUGAUGUACCUUCUCUGGGCACGGGAUACACAGUUUAUGUUGACAGUUUUUACACCAGUUCGCUGCUCUUCCGUCACCUGCGAGGAAUUGGUUUUGGGGCAUGUGGAACCAUCCGUGAGACCAGGAUAUGCUUCCCAAGAACAUCAGCUAAUGCCCUGCCAAGAAAAGCAGACCGUGGUGACAUGCGAUGGAUCAGGGAUGGCCCGUUGCUGUUCGUAAAGUGGAAGGACAUACGAGAUGUCACUGUGUGCUCCACUGCCCACAAAGCCUAUAGUGGAAAAUCAAUGCAGUGUCAGGUCAGAAGUCCAAGUGGCGCUUGGUGCACCCAACAGAUCCCAGUACCGGACCCUGUGUGGGCAUACAACACGUUCAUGGGAGAAGUUGACUGGUCUGAUGCCCUCAUAAAGUACUUCUCUCCAACCCAGAAGACCAGGCGCUGGUUUGUGCAGCUGUUUCUUCAGUUUAUUGACAUUGCGGUGAUGAACAGCUUCAUUAUCCAUAAGGAGAUGGCACUGGCAAGACAGCAGAAGCCCCUCAACCAGAAGCGCUUCAGGGAGGUGUUGUGUUUGGAGCUGGCUGGUGCUGGGCAGCCACAGGAAUCUUCGCAGGCAGAAGCUGUGAGCGCCUGCUCAUCUCUUCCUCAUGUCCGGGAGCAGAGACCAGAGGGGUGCUUCCCUGUUCCAGUGUGUCAGGUAUCCACUGACGUGCGACAGAAAGCCUCACAUGGGAGGAGGAAAUGUGUGUACUGCAAGAAGAGGACAAUGCUCAUGUGCAAAUCUUGCAAUGUUCCACUCUGCAUAAAUGUAAAACAGAUAUGCUUCACAAAGUGGCAUGUUCAGAAGUACGCUUAG